UAUUUUUUUUUUCAUUUUUAUUCAAAAUGUCCGCUUCAACAACUCACUGCAUCCGUUGCUCUCAUCAAGCAUGUCCUUAAAAAUUCAUCGGCUGUAUCGUGUUCAAGUGUUGCCACUUAGCCCACAGAGCUGCCAGCUAGUGUUAAAAAAAUUGUGGGCGUCAGUGUUAAGUGUUUUGGCGCCUGAAGUUGUUAAUUUCGCGAAAAUUUAAUUUACAUAUUACAAUAUAUAUCCGUGAUUAUUAAGAUAUAAUUAUGUGUGCUUACCUGUCUGACCUUUGAGCAGGACUAUUCAAACGAGUAAUUGCAACGGUUUUCAUAUUUUCAUUGCAUACAAAAGUUUGGCGGUGCAACUGGAGCACCAAAGGCUCCUUGUUAGCCGUGAUCUGUGCGCAUACCCAUUCCAAACCAGAAAUAACGGAAAUAUUCCCGAUAAAUUGGCGGCUGUAUCGUGUACCGUGUGGCCAGACAGAUGACAGAGCUGCCAACUCGUGUCAAACAACAGCUGAGCGUGUGGCGCCCUUAAUUUUGCACCUUCGCAAAUCGCUGAAUUAUUUGGAUACAUUAAAAUGAACACGCUGCGGCCGUGCGGCUGCAAAGGUGUGCGCACCUGCCUCACCUGUGAGCAGGACUACCAAAUCGAUAAACCAUCACUGCAGCAGCAAUUGCAACAGUUGGAAUCCUGGUCCUAUUGUGCACAAUGUGAACGUCUAUACGCCGGCUGGGACACGCAGGCGGUGCAAGCGGCACAUCCGGAUCACAAUUUGGCCGAGAGUCUGCCACUGCCAGGCAUAUUGGUGCAGGAGCAGUUUAUCACGCGUGCAGAGGGCGCACAGCUUAUGUCCGACCUGGACGCGCUGCCCUGGGCCAUUUCACAGAGCGGUCGACGCAAACAGAAUUACGGCCCGAAAACCAACUUUAAGAAGCGUCGCCUGCAAUUGGGCGCCUUCGAGGGCUUUCCCGCUGCCACGCGCUUUGUGCAGCAACGCUUCGAGUCGGUGCCGCUGCUGCGCAACUUUCAGACUAUCGAACAAUGUUCGCUGGAGUAUGAUCCCAGCAAGGGCGCCAGCAUAGAUCCGCAUGUGGACGAUUGCUGGAUAUGGGGCGAGCGUGUGGUCACCGUCAAUUGCCUGGGCGAUGCCGUGCUCACGUUAAACCUCUACGAGGAACAGCAGGCAAACAAAUAUAAUUUGGACUUGGUCCAGCAAUACAAAGCACAGCUGCUGGCGCCGCUCUUGUCGCCGGACCAGUUGGCGGCCUACAAGGGCAAGGUGCUGCGCAUACCCAUGCCAAACCUCUCGCUGAUUGUGCUCUAUGGACCGGCGCGCUAUCAGUUCGAGCAUGCGGUGCUCCGCGAGGAUGUGGAUGAGCGACGCGUUUGCAUUGCGUACCGAGAGUUUACGCCCAUGUAUAUAGAUGGCUUGGACAAGCAGCAGGGCGAUGUGGAUCGGUAAAUAAUCUAAAAACAACCUAAGGUAUUUAUAAAUAUAUAUUUACAAACUAUACAACAAUAUGAUGCAGAACUUGCUUGAGAUAGAAGGGAAACAUUUUCUUUAAGAGAAUGUGAUUUGCGAGACAAGAAAUUGAAAACGAUUAUCUUUUAGUUUGGAUAAUUUAUGCAACAACACUUAAAUUUAUUCAAAAAUAGUUGGGACAAGGCAACAGCGCUUAAUAUCUGCUAGUACAUAGUUGUACACAAUUUGUUUUCAUAUUUUCCAUUUAUAUUGUGUGCCAAAUGGCAUUUCCAUUGUCAGCACAUUUUGGCUAAGCAAAUAAAAUCUGUUAGAUACAAUAACUGUAUCUAACUACAUUCCGUA